AUGCCGGAGCCCAAGGUGCACGAGCUCUUCGAGCCUGUCACUGGUUCGUGGCAGUACGUGGUCGCAGACCCUACCUCGUCCAGCGCAGUCAUCAUCGACCCGGUCCUGAACUACGACGCCGCCAAAGGCGUCAUCUCGACCCAGUCAGCAGACGAGCUGAUCAAGAUUGUGACCGACAAGGGCUACAAGGUCGAGAUGAUCCUAGAAACUCACAUCCACGCCGACCACAUCACCGCAGCGUCAUACAUUCAGGCGACACUUGCCAAGGACCAGGACUACAAGCCACUGGUCGGUAUCGGCGGUCGCAUCCGAAAUACGCAAAAGAUGUUUGGUGAGCGAUACGGCAUAGCGGCCAGCGAGUACGAGAACGUGUUUGACCGCAUGUGGGAGGACGACGAGGCCUUCAGCAUCGGCUCCCUGACUGUCCGUGCCAUCCACCUCCCCGGACACACGCCUGACCACAUGGGCUACAAGAUUGGCGGCAACGUCUUUGUUGGAGACUCCAUCUUUCACGUGGACAUUGGUUCUGCCCGUGCUGACUUCCCAGGAGGAAGCGCGGAAGCGGUCUACAACUCGGGGCGGAAGCUCCUGGCUCUGCCCGACGAGACCAAGGUCUGGGUGGGACACGACUACCCGCCAGACGGACGACGGGCGCCCGUGCCGUUCGUGACUGUCAAACAGCACAGGGAGGAGAACAAGCACCUGAAGGACGGGACCCACGAGGCCGAGUUUGUCGAGACGCGCCGCAAGCGGGAUGCCACGCUCGCUGCACCGCGCCUGAUCCAUCCGUCGCUGCAGAUGAACAUCCGGGGCGGGCGACUCCCUGCGCCGACGGCGUCGGGGCUUCGAAUGGUGCAUCUCCCUUUGCAGGUGCCCGACUCGCCAUGGUGA